UUUUUACAGAACAGAGACGCUUCCGAAAUGAGGCAUUGCGCCGGAAUUACACCACAAUACUGAAGCUAUGCGCGCUGUUAUAAGGAUCUAACUCCAGCUGUCGUGUAUUUAAGACAGAAAAACCUUAAUAACACUUCGUAAAUCGUUGUUAAAUUCAACUAGAGCUAAUCCGCGGUGAUGUUUUGUUAGCUUAGCCUAGCCGCGUCGCUAACAACAUUGCAGUUUUGACAGAAAUGCAUCACAAAAUAACCCCGAGCAAAACGGAGCGACUGAAACCAGGAAGCCAUGAUGAAGACCGCUCUUUAAUUUGAGCUUUGAUGGUCAUUUCGGGUUUAUUUUGACAGAUUUCAUACGGAAUUGGAGCUGUUUUAGAAACGUCCACAACAUGUUGAAUAUACCGACCCAGGCUUUCCCGGCUCCGAGCUCCCAGCAGCGGGUUUCACCGGGAGGAUCCGCCGGUACCGGGAGGAACAAGGUUGCUUUGAAGCCGGGCCACAGUUUGAUGGACUGGAUCCGAUUUGCGAAAAGCGGCAAAGAUCUGACAGGUUUGAGAGGGAGACUCAUAGAAGUGACUCCAGAAGAACUGCAGAAGCACAACACCAGAGACGACUGCUGGACCUGCAUCAGAGGUUUGGUGUAUAACGUUACUCCGUACAUGGACUAUCACCCUGGAGGAGAGGACGAGUUGAUGAGGGCAGCGGGCAUCGACGGCACAGACCUGUUCGACCAGGUCCAUCGGUGGGUGAACUAUGAGUCCAUGUUGAAAGAGUGUCUGGUGGGAAGAAUGUCCACAAAACCUGUUAUCGCGAAUAAUGCUGUUAUUGCCCCUCCUCCUGCACCCACCACCCUCGCCCCACCUACCUCAGUCGCUCCGCCCCCAGAGAAAGACGGACGGCCACGGUACGACUGGUUCCAGACAGAUUCUACAGUUCAUCUUGUUGUUUAUGCCAAAAGAAAGAUUCCCAGCUCAGGUUGCACAGUUGUCGAUCUCCGAGAGGGCACGUUACGAAUUGAGGUUCUUCUGCAGAAAAUGUCCUACAUGAUUAAUUUAAGGCUCACAGAGGAAGUGGAGGAAAAUGUUUCAGUUCAAACCGCCUGCUCCGUGGGAAAGAUCCAGGUCAUGUGUCGCAAACGAACAGCCGGAAAAUGGGCGAGUCUCGGUCAGCCGCUCGAGUCGCACAACACAUUUCUACGAAAACAAGACAGAGCGGUGUUUUACAGAGACUGUGUGCUGGUGUCUCAGACUGAAGUGAACCACAACACACAGAUUUACAGACUGCAGCUGCCUCCAGGCACCGUGAUGCAGGUGCCUGUGGGAAAACACGUCUACCUCAAAACUCACAUUCAAGACGCAGAGGUGGUGCGGCCGUACACUCCUGUAGACCGGACCCUCUGGACUCCUCAGGAUUCAGCUCCAGACUCAGAUCUCUACCUCAUGAUCAAAGUCUAUCCUGACGGACUGUUCACGCCUCACCUGCACCGGAUGAACCCAGGGGACAGCAUCAGUGUGAGUGGUCCUGAGGGCAGCUUCAGCCUCCGUCCCCUUCGUGAUGUCACUCACCUGUUCCUCGUUGCCGCGGGAACGGGCUUCACGCCGAUGGCCCGCCUCAUCCACGCCGCACUGAGGGACAUCGACACUAUCAGGAAAACAAAGCUUCUGUUUUUUAAUCGAAAAGAGGAAGACAUUUUGUGGCGGACGGAACUGGACGAACUGGCAGCUACAGAUGAAAGGUUUGAGGUGGAGUACGUCUUGUCGGAGCCGUGUGAGAGCUGGAGUGGAGCGAGGGGCAGAGUGUGCGAGACUUUGCUCAGAGAAAGUGUCUCCAAACCAGACGAGACCAAAAGUUUCGCCUGCAUCUGUGGCCCCAGCGCAUUCACUGAGAUCACUAUAGAUUUGUUGAAGCAGUUGGGCUUUGAUGAGCAGGAGCUUCACGCCUUCCUGGGCUGAGCUAAAGAUGUGCCUACAAUGAGACGAGAUUUAUUCAUUAAAAAAAAAAAGUUUUAUAUUUCUAUGCACAGAGCGGGAGUGAAUGGACUGCCACUGCCACCACGGACAUCACAAACUGGGCAUUUAUAAAAAAAUAAAAUAAAAAUCUGUGACAAUAUGCAACAAGUUUCAACAGGAUGUCUGCUCUGCACUUUUGAAUAUUGUUUUGUGAAUGCAUUUAUUUAUCUGAAGAAUGCUGCUGUCUAUUAAAACGUCAUAUAUUCUGUCUGA